AUGGCCACUCCCAAGAUCAGUGGGCGGGGAAUCCGCAUCGCGAUUGAUCGCGGCGGUACCUUCACAGACUGCGUAGGCAAUCCCGGCACGGGCAAGAUGGAAGAUGACAUUCUCAUCAAGCUCCUCUCCGUCGACCCCUCCAACUACGAUGACGCGCCGCUCGAAGGCAUCCGCCGCCUCCUCUCCAAGUUCACCGGCACCGAGAUCCCCCGUGGACAGCCGCUCGACACGUCCAAGAUCGAGAGCAUACGCAUGGGCACCACCGUCGCCACCAACGCGCUGCUAGAGAGGAAGGGCGAGGACAUUGCCAUGGUGGUCACAAAGGGCUUCAAGGACUGUCUCGAGAUUGGUAAUCAGAGCAGGCCGAACAUCUUCGCGCUGGAUAUCCGGAAGCCCGAGGUGCUGUACAAGAAGGUCGUCGAGAUCGAUGAGCGCGUCACCCUGGAAGACUACGCCGAAGAUCCGGAGAGAAACCAGACACAGGCAAAGAGCAUAGAAGAGGCCGGAGACAGCGCAGAACUGGUCAAGGGCUUGUCGGGCGAGACCGUGCGCAUACUGCAACGACCACGGGAAGAUGCGAUAAGGAAGCAGUUGCAGGACGUCUACGAUAGCGGACUGAAGAGCAUCGCCGUCUGCUUGAUGCACGGAUACACAUACCCCAACCACGAGGCGUUGGUGGGCAAGAUCGCGAGGGACAUCGGCUUUGAGCACGUCAGCUUGAGCCACGAGCUUAUGCCCAUGAUCAAACUGGUUCCACGCGCUACCUCGGCCUGCGCAGACGCAUACCUCACACCCGCGAUCCGAAAAUACAUCGACGGCUUUUCCAAGGGCUUCGAAGGCGGCCUUGGAUCCAAGAGCGUGAAGCGCGAGGAGGGCUCCAAGGGCGCUCGAUGCGAGUUCAUGCAGUCAGAUGGUGGCUUGGUAGAUGUCGACAUCUUCUCUGGCUUAAAAGCCAUCUUGUCUGGCCCUGCCGGUGGAGUCGUUGGCUAUGCGCUCACAUCUUACGAUCCCGAGACCAAGAUUCCCGUUAUUGGCUUCGACAUGGGCGGCACCAGUACCGACGUCAGCAGAUACGGCGCUGGACGCUACGACCACGUCUUCGAGACUACCACAGCUGGUGUUACCAUACAGUCUCCGCAGCUCGACAUCAACACUGUCGCAGCAGGUGGUGGUUCGCGCUUGUUCUGGAAGAAUGGACUGUUCGUCGUAGGCCCAGAGUCGGCAAGCGCACACCCAGGGCCAGCAUGCUAUCGCAAGGGUGGCCCACUAACCAUCACAGACGCGAACCUUUUCCUUGGCCGGCUAUUACCAGAUUUCUUCCCCAAGAUUUUCGGCAAGAAUGAAGAUGAAGGUCUCGAUGCGCAAGCGAGUGAGAAACUCUUCAAGAAAUUGGCUGAGCAGAUCAACAAAGAGGUUGCAGGUGGUAAUAAGGAGAAGGAGAUGUCGCUGGACGAUAUCGCAAACGGGUUCAUUAAGAUCGCUAAUGAGACCAUGACCCGGCCGAUUCGAAGUCUGACAGAGGCCCGUGGACACGAUACAAGCAAGCACAGGCUCGCCACAUUUGGUGGUGCGGGUGGCCAGCACGCGGUCGCCAUCGCCGAAGCACUUGGCAUCUCGCAAAUCCUGAUUCAUCGCUACUCAUCAGUACUAUCAGCAUAUGGCAUGGCACUCGCUGAUGUUGUCGAUGAGAGGCAGGAGCCAGAGUCUACAGUAUGGUCGGACGAGAAGGAUGUAAGAGAGUACUUGAAGAACAAGAUGGCAGAUCUGAAGAGCAAGUCAACGAGUACGCUUAGGGAUCAGGGCUUUGACGAAGAGCAUGUCCACUUCGAAGAGUACCUCAACCUGAGAUAUCGCGGAACAGAGUCGGCACUUAUGAUCAUCAAGCCGACGAAGGAGGAGGCAGAGCAAGAGUACGACGGCGAUGAGUGGGCUUUUGGCAAGGCUUUCGUCAAGCAACAUGACCAGGAGUUCGGCUUUACUCUACCCGAUCGCGACAUCAUUGUCGAUGACGUACGAGCUCGCGGCAUUGGCAAGACUUUUGAAGGUCUCGAGAAGAGUGUAGAUCAGCAACUCAAGGAGAUCAAACCAAAGGACCUCUCAGGAGACACAAAGCGCUACGAUACCCGAAAGGUCUUCUUCGAAGGCGGCCGGCAAGAUACCUCGGUCUACAAGCUCGAAGACUUAGAAGUGGGCGAUCGAUUGAAGGGUCCAGCAAUCAUCGCAGAUGGUACGCAGACCAUCGUCGUAACGCCUGGUGCCACUGCGCUUGUCAUCCAUACUCAUGUGGUGAUCAACAUUGGUGAGACGGAAGACCAAGAUAAGCAGGUUGACACGAAAGAAGUCGACCCGAUACUGCUCAGUAUUUUUGCUCAUCGGUUCAUGGCUAUUGCUGAGCAAAUGGGCCGCGCGUUGCAGAAAACCAGUGUGUCGACGAACGUCAAAGAACGACUGGACUAUUCCUGUGCACUGUUCGAUGCGGAUGGCGGACUAGUCGCUAAUGUGCAUCUCGGAAGUAUGUCAACCUGUGUCCGCAAACAAGCCGCCAUUUGGAAGGGCAAGCUGAAGAAAGGCGAUGUCCUUGUCUCUAAUCACCCCAUGUUCGGCGGUACCCAUUUGCCAGACAUCACUGUGAUCACACCCGCGUUCAGUGGCGACAACAUCAUAUUCUACGUCGCUUCCCGCGCGCAUCAUGCCGAUAUAGGCGGAAUACUUCCUGGCUCUAUGCCCCCUGCGUCAAAGGAGCUUUACCAGGAAGGUGCAGCCAUCAAGUCCGAGAAGUUGGUGUCGGAAGGACACUUCAACGAGAAGCGCAUCACCGAGCUACUCUUUGAUGAACCAGGCCAAUACCCUGGCUGCUCGGGUACGAGAUGUCUCAGUGACAACAUCAAUGAUCUGAAGGCCCAGGUCGCGGCUAACCAGAAGGGUAUCAACCUAAUCAACACACUGAUGUCGGACUAUGGCGAGCGAGUCGUCAAGUUCUACAUGACAAGCAUACAAGCCAAUGCGGAGCAGUCCGUUCGCGCGCUGCUCAAGGACGUAUACAAGCGGUUCGAGGGCCAAGAUCUGAGCGCAGAGGACUUCAUGGAUGAUGGUAGUCCAAUACGACUGAAGGUCUCUAUUGAUCCUGAGAAGGGUGAAGCUGUCUUUGACUUCUCUGGCACCGGGCCUGAAGUGUACGGAAAUAUCAAUGCGCCAGAAGCCGUCACCUACUCAGCCAUUAUAUACUGUCUGCGCUGUCUGAUCAGCGAGGACAUCCCAUUGAACCAAGGCUGUCUCAAGCCUAUUCACGUUCUCAUCCCCAAGAAGUCGUUCCUCUCGCCGUCUGACAAUGCCGCUGUUGUAGGUGGCAAUGUUCUCACAAGUCAGCGCGUGACAGACGUCGUCCUCAAAGCAUUCCGUGCUUGUGCUGCAAGCCAGGGAGAUUGCAAUAAUCUCACUUUUGGAUUUGGCGGUACAACAUACGGACAAGGAGAAAAGAGCGGCGAACGCAAAGACACGAAGGGUUUUGGAUAUUACGAAACAAUUGCAGGAGGAUCUGGUGCAGGCUCGACUUGGAACGGCACCAACGGUGUUCAUACGCACAUGACCAACACCCGAAUUACCGACUCCGAGGUCUUCGAGCGAAGAUACCCCGUUCUACUCCGUGAGUUUUCACUCAGGGAAGAUAGUGCAGGUAAGGGCAUGCAUAUCGGUGGCGAGGGUGUAAUCCGCGACAUCGAGUUCCGCAUCCCCGUUCAAGUCAGUAUCCUCAGCGAACGAAGAGUUUACCAUCCAUACGGUAUGGAAGGAGGAGGAGACGCCGCAUGCGGUUUGAACAUCUGGGUGAAGAAGGUAGACAAGAAAGCCAUCGACCAAAAUUCGGAUUCCAAGCGCCCAACGGAACUUGUGGAGGAUGCGCAUGCGCCUACCACUUCUCAUGCAGUUGAAACUCUGCUGAAGAAGGAUGCCGACAUCAGGAAGGAAGAUGUGGAGUACAGAUACAUCAACAUGGGCGCUAAGAACACGGCAGCCAUGCGCCCUGGUGAACGCAUCAUCAUCCACACGCCUGGUGGCGGUGGCUGGGGUAAAGAGGGCGAGCAAAGUAGGGUGCAGGACAGGAUUGACCCCAAGGGAAGUUGGAAGGGUGGAAGCAUAGCUGGAAGACAAAGUACUGCGGAGGCUAGUGCUUAG